UGCGGGCAUUGAUGUCUGUCAACUUGACAUUAGUGGGAGAGUGAAGAAGAAAUCCGUUUAAGAAGGGACGAUGGCGAGAGGUAGUCGGAGCCUGCGGAGGGUAGCUGAGUGCAUGAAACAGUUACCUUCUACAGCCAGCCGGGAAAUACAGACUAGGAACAACGUAAGAUACUUAUCAUCAUGUGGGAUCCUGAUGACUCGCGUGCCUCCCCUGCUGGGUGCAGCCAUGCCCGGGCGUGGUGUUAUGUUGCCCGCCCGCAGCUUCUUCAACCUGGCUGAUUCCCUCUCCAAGAGGAAGGAGUACUCGGAAAGACGCAUCAUUGGGUUUUCCAUGCAGGAGAUAUACGAGGUGGUGGCAGGUGUGGAAAACUACCGCCUCUUUGUUCCCUGGUGUAAGAAGUCUGAAGUGGUGUUCAAGCGAGCUGGAUUCUGCAAGGCCAAACUGACUGUGGGAUUUCCACCUGUGGUGGAGAACUACACCUCCCUCGUGACUACAGUACGCCCCCACCUGGUCAAGGCUUCCUCUUCAGAGGCCAAACUGUUCAACCACUUGGAGACGGUUUGGCGUUUCAGCCCCGGCCUCCCCGGCUACCCUCGUACCUGCACUGUGGAUUUUUCUAUCUCCUUCGAGUUCCGCUCCCUCCUCCACUCCCAGCUAGCUCACGUCUUCUUUGACGAGGUGGUGAAGCAGAUGGUUUCAGCAUUUGAGCGCCGUGCCGCCAACACGUACGGCACAGAGACGGCCAUCCCUCGCGAGCUCAUGUUCCAUGAGGUUCACCACACGUAGUGUCGCCCUCGCUGCACAAAUACAGAUACACAGACAGACACAAAGCCAAUGCCAGAGAGAAAAACUAGAGUGUAGAGAGAAAGCAGAGACUACCAGUGUACUUACUGAAAACUGCAGUGCCUUUCUCACAGCAAUGACCAAGUUUAUUACCCAACAAUUUCCCGUCUCAUCUUUGUAUAACUGAUGUGGAUCCACCAGCUCAUUUUCACCUUGGUGCUAAACGCAUGUUUCCAUUUCAUUUCCAUUAUCAGAACUUAGGAAUCUGUGGAGAGUUCACAGGUUAUGUAUGCAUCUCCAUGGAAACCAUGGCCUAGCAGUGCUGCCAGUCAUGACUGGUCAAGCGAGUGUGUCAUCACAUCUGUGAACAUCUGCUACACUCAAUAGUUAACUCCACUGCUCUAACCACUGCAUUGCUACCGCUGGAACAGACAUUAAUUCCACAAGCUGCUGCACUUUCCAAAAGCCAGUUCCUAUCAGUGUUUGUCCCCUUUCCAUCAGGGACCAAUGGUCAACCAUAGGGAUGGGACAAAUAAUGGCAGUAUAUUGUAUAUUCUGCUCUGCAAGGGUCAACUCUAUUUUUCGCUUCGGUGUGCAGAUGUUUGGAUGUAUAGUAGAUGAUUUGAUUUAUUUAUUGCAUAUCACUUCUAAAUGAAACAAUGCAGAUGAGUGUCCAGGUAGCUCAUGUACCAAGGCUGAAUUCUUGCUGCAGCGGCCAGUGGCCCAUUCUUUUCCCCCCUUUCCUGUCACUCUUUGGCUAUCACUGUCGAUUAAAGGCAAUGACCCUGUUUUAGCAGGUGCUGCAGAGGCUUAGGUGAAGCUGCUAGACGUUGCGGUGUGGUGAUAUAAGAUGCAAGACUAAAUCUUACAUUGUAGUCAGUUUGGAUGACAUAAAAUGUUUAUUUUCUCUUAAUAUAAUGUUUUCAAGCGUCAUGCAAGCGUCAAGUGUUUCUGUGCAGAUUCAGGAUUGGAAAACAACUUUGACUUCAGGUGAAGCUCUCUGGUCAGUGGGGACAGUGAGCCGGGAGCUUAGCCAGUUAAUUGCUCGUCCCAGGUCAACCCCCAUUACAUGUACAGGUCCAUUCGUAAUCUCUCAUUUACUUGGGUUGCCAGACGCAGGGCAGCACACUUCCUUCCGACAGCUGACCCACAUCUGAUUUGAAUCUCAGUGGGAAAGGAUUAUACAGUAUUCAGUGAGAGCUUGUCUCACGUGUUAUGAAUUAGAAAGUGAUCCACAGAUGGUAAUGCCUGCAGAGCACUGUCUUAGUCUUCAGCUUCUGCUUGUUACAUACUCCUUUUUCAGCAACAUAAGAUGGAGUGUAAAAAGAGUGUAGGGCUGCAACUAACAGUUUUUUCAUCACUUAUGAAUCUGCAGUUUAUGUUCUUGAUUAAUCCUCAAGAUAUUCAUUUUAAAGGUGCUUGUUAAAAUCACAAACACCUUGUUUUGUUAAAAUAGGUGUUAGUUAGCUCUACAUUCAGACAUUCAUCACUGAUAUAGAGAGAUUCAGUCAGUCACAUGGUCUCCCAGAAACAGAGAAUACACUUCCUGGUAUCCUGUUCCCACUUUAUCCAAUCAGGAGAGAGAACUCCACAAAGAGGCGGUCCUAAACGGCAGGCAGCAGAACGUCAGUGUGAUGAAGUGGCGAGCAAACUGCAAGAAUGGACAGGAAGUUAGCCAUUUUACAGUUUCACCAUUACUGUUAUAUGUGACAAAGAAAAACAAGCUGGAACCACAGAAUGUUUGGCAUUUGUGGUUGAAAAAUGACUGAAACGAUAGAGUUAAUCAACUGAAGUAGUUGCUGAUUCCUUAAGAUUCAACUAAUUGAUUAUCUGACUAAUAGCUGCAGCUCUAGAAACGGUUGGGCAUUGGAUCCAUUGCCCAACAGUGCUGUCAAACCACAUUGCCCACAGUUGUGUCAAGAGAGACCACAGGCAUUAGUCCCUAACCUUGCUUGUUCAAACGGUUACUGCAGUGCAACAUGCUAAUGAGAGUAGCCUGUUCAUCAUGACACAUUUCCUGACCUUUCUGGUUCUUGGUGUACAAUGAAAAUGAAACCAAGAACUAACACAAUUUCUGAAAGCUUGCACAAGGCUCAACAAUAAGACUUGCCAGGACCAGGGAAAAUGCCAGGUCCAGGCUAGCAACUCACUUGGCUUGAUUUGGUGGUAGAAGUGGUAAAAAGGAAUUGAACACCGAUUUUCCGAGCUGAUGGUGGAAGUAGCUAAGUAGUGAGCCAUCUCGCUUCCCUCACAUCUCUGUUGAAAGUUGCACACGCUCAGAACCAAAAGUCUAUGAGCUAAAGAGCCAGAAAGCAUUUCAAUAUACCUUUUCCCCAGCAGCCAGUUUCACAUGAAAUAGUAGGGUAAACACAGGUGUUACCAAUGACACUAAUUGAGGUUCUGAUUCUGUGUUUUCCCUACUAUUUCAUGUCAAAAUGGAAAAAGGGUGGUGUUUGUUGGGUGGUGUUAGAGGCAAAAAAAAAAAGUUUGAGAGCAAGGUGGAUAAAACAUUGUUUUCAAAGGCACAUCAAGUUUCUGAAAAACGAUGCAGGAGUGCCAUAACAGGAGCCGACAGCGUCUCACUUGCAUCGCAACAAGAAGGGACUAUGUUAAAGCAAUUUGGAUAAGGGCAAGUAAAAAUUGACUUUGGGCAGUAGAUUGAAGUGAAAAAACAUUGAACCCUGUUCACAAGAUGUAGAAGGUCAGUUAUAGCAAAGGUGGGUCAUUACUUACGCUGCUCGUCCCUCAGGAAGGCAGAGGUUAGAGUGAGGGCAACAGUUCUUUUGUAAGAUAAUAUGAACAGCAAUACCUAAGACCAGGAUCCAGGUAGCAUUAAGACCUUGAUGACUGACGUAUAAAUUCAUGCAAUGUGGCUAAUGCACAGUAACUGCGCCCUGUAAUAUUUAAAUGACCCUGUCUCAGCACACACUACCACAUACUGUAUAUUAUAAGAAUAUAUUCUAAGAAUAAAGGGCAGAGGCAGGUUAGACACUGUCACUGGAAUCAGUCAGAGGACGUGUAACAAUGACUGCAGAUAGAUUUACUCAAUGUACUGUAAACUAUCAGAAAUACACACCUUUUUAAGGGUGCUGAACUUUGACUUCGCUUUAUUUCUCAGUAGGGGACUCUUCUUUACGUUACAUACGCUAUGCUCUCGUCAUUAUUAAGGGAGCAAUGCUGGACAUAAGAGUUGCUAAAUUAUACAGCAAAGUGUGCAAUAUCAGCAGUGUAAGUGUUAUUUUUAAAUGCAGCUAUAGCAAGCAUUAUAUACCAACUGUCAAUACAAGGGCCCAAACUGGCUGGCAAGGCAGAGGCCAGGUCACACACCUUGACCUGGUCUGUCAGUCAGAUGCUGUUUCAGUGAUGAAUCUGCCGUGCUGAAACCUUCACGACUCCAACUGUCAACCCACAUCACUCACAGAGUGCCUCCUGGCCUACUGGCAGCAUAUUUAUCUUGAUUUUUAAACAUUAUACUCCUUUUAUCAUAUUUAUUACUUAGUUUUAAGUGUAAAUAUUGGUGUAAGAAAGACCUAUACACUGCUUUUAAAGAAAAAUUUGUCUGUUUCAUGGGAUGGAGAAAGGGCUUGUUCUGUAAAUGAUGUUUGUGUUGAAUGACUUCAGAAAGAUGUACCGACUGCAUCAUUUGUAAACUAUUUUUUCUAAAAAAUAAAAAAAAAAACCUGA